AUGACGGCGUCCGGGGUGAGAGGGCGCAUGCGCGAUGUCGAAAGUUCUAGUCAUUUAACAUGUCAAAACGAAAAGAAAAUGUUUCUGAAGGAACAUUGCCCACAAAAAGAAUCAAAACUGAAACCAUUAAGGAAGGUGAUCCAGAUGAAGCCAACGGAAGUAAUUGGAAAAGUGCAGCAAUUAAUGGGCAAAGUGGAGAUUGUCUUCCGAAUUCACUCUUGUAAUACAGCUUGUAGUGAUCUAAUCCAGAUUUUAAUCUUUCAGAAUGAAGGUGAAGUAGGAAUAAUUGAGAGUAUUUCGUUGAAAAAUUUUAUGUGCCAUGCUUGCCUUGGACCCUUUAAGUUUGGACCCAAUGUGAAUUUUGUGGUUGGAAACAAUGGAAGUAAGUGUUCUGCUGUACUAACAGCCCUCAUUGUAGGGCUUGGUGGGAAAGCUACUGCCACAAAUAGGGGGAUACUCUAUAAAAGGAUUUGUAAAAGUGGUCAAAGGGUAAGUUCUGCAGAUAUUUCAAUAACAUUAAGAAACAGAGGACCUGAUGCGUUUAAACCUGAUAAAUAUGGAGAAGCUGUCAUUGUGGAGCAACGUAUUUCUGGGGAUGUAAGACAAUACAGACUGAAAAGUCAGUCAGGACACUUAGUUUCCACAAAGAAAGAAGAACUCAAUACAAUAUUGGACCAAUUCAAUAUCCAGGUAGAUAACCCAGUGUCAAUUUUAACACAAGAAAUGAGUAAACAUUUCUUGCAGUCCAAAAGUGAAGCAGAUAAAUAUAAGUUUUUCAUGAAAGCCACUCAGUUGGAGCAGAUGAGAGAUGAUUAUUCCUACAUCAUGCAAAAAAAGGCAUUAACAAAUGAGAAAAUUGAAAAACAGGAUGAAAACCUAUCGGAGUUAAAGGAUCAAGUUAAAGAAAAGGAGGACCGUUAUAAAAGUCUUUCUUCACUGAAUGAAUUGUUGGAGAAACUGGAGCAACUUAAGAAUCAGAUGGCCUGGGCUUUGGUCAUUGAAGUUGAAAAGCAAAUGCAGCCAAUAAAAGAUCGUAUUAAAGCUGAAGAAAGUCGUACUGUCAAAUAUGAUCAAAAAAUAGAGGAAUGGCAGGUCAAAGUCAAUGAGACAGAAGAAAAAUUUAAGGCAGUUCAGAAUCAGUUACAGAGAAUUACAGAUGAAGCGCAAGUUUUACGACCACAAUGUACAACAUUAAAAGAAGAUGUACAAGGAAAAAAUAAAGCAUGCAAAGAGUCUGAGGCAAUAUUCCACCGCUGCAGGACACAGUUGAAACAACUUGAAAAAGACCAUAACCAGUUACAGAAGCGUAUUGAAGAACUGCGAAAUAGUAUGAACCAAAGUUCUGAGGCUGAUAUGAAAGAGCGACAAGAAAGAAUUAGCAGUCUGCAAGGACAAUUAAAAACGCUGGAGGCUCGAGAGGCCAGUACUUUACAGCAAUUGGAACAGUUUCAGCAUGCGAUCACCAAGUCUAAAGAUGAACAUUAUAAGCUUGGGCGAGAAGAACAGGAUGCAAAAAAUUCUGUCGAAUCCAGAAAGAAGCAGCUGAAUAAUCUAAAAGCCAGCAGAACAAACCAGUUAAAAAGAUUUGGAGAGAGCAUGCCAGUAUUACUUGAAGCAAUCGAGGAAGCACAUAAACAGCGUCGUUUCAGGAAGAAACCAGUUGGCCCUUUAGGUACUUGCUUCAGACUGAAAUAUCCUGAAUUGGCUUUAGCAGUUGAAAGUUGUUUAAGAGGGCUACUGCUUUCAUUUUGCUGUGAUAAUUACAGAGAUGAGCAAGUACUGCAGACUCUGAUGUCUCAAUGCUUCAGUUCAGGAAGACGACCCCAAAUUAAUGUGUGCGAGUUUUCAAAUCAAGUGUACAAUGUUAAAAACAGAGCUGCUCAUCAUCCAGAGUUCCCCACAGUUCUUGAUGCCUUGGAAAUAGAUAAUCCAGUGGUGACCAACUGUUUGAUUGACAUGAGAAAUAUUGAAAAAAUCCUCUUGAUCAGUAGCAACAGCAGAGCUCGUGAAGUUAUGCAGCAGCAAAGGCCACCCUUAAACUGCAAAGAAGCCUUCACUGCUGCAGGUGACCAGGUUUUUACCAAUCGCUAUUACUCUUCUGAAAUGGACAGGGCAAGAUACUUGGGUGGUGAUGUGGAAGCAGAGAUCAGUCGGCUGGAAGUGGAAAUGAGCAAUAAAAUGGCUCGGGUAUCGCAUUUUCGGCAACAAUUACAGUCAAUGGAAGAAGAAAUCAAGAUGAAUGAGAGUCACAUGAAAACAAAACAAAUGCAAAUCAGGAAAAUUCAGGAGAAUGUGACAAAAAUAAAGCUAGAAAUCACAGAUUUAGAGAAUGUGGAUGAGCCUCAGUCUGUGGAUAUUUCCACACUAGAAGAAGAAGUGCAAGAUAUUUGGCAAAGAAUAGUAUCUGACAAAGAGAAGCUAGGACAAGCCAGAAAGAAUAUGGAUGAGCAUCGAAAGAUACUGGAUGAGGCUGAACGAAAAUUUAAAGAAAUGAAGGAAAAAAUAAAUUUUAUAGCUGAAGAGGCUGACCCAAUAAAGGAUGAAUUAAGUAAGAUUGAUGCAGAAGUUGGAAAGUGUAAACAUCAUAAAAGACAUUAUGAAGAGAAGAAGAAAGAACACUUGGAUGGGAUAAAUAAGUUAAAAGAAAAUGUGGAAAGUAAAGAAAAGAUUUUAGAGGAAAAUACUGCUAUAGCCAAGCAGAUUUGUGCAGAACGAAUAGAAGUCACCAGGACUCCCAAAAGUAUUGAUGUGGAGAUCAAUCGUCUGAGAGAGAGGAUCAGCAGAGAACAAGAACGUCAUGGGAAUAAGGAGGAAAUUACAAGGUAUUUGUAAAAAGCCAUCACAAACAUAUUUCUUUUUAGUCUUAAUGUAAGAGCCAGAUCAAGAAUGAAGGGUUUUAUGCAGCUGCUUGAUAAAAUAAUGGAGGAAAGGCACAAAGCGUAUAAAAUAUUUAGAAGGUAUAUUUCUCUUCGCUGCAAGUAUUAUUUUGAUUCCAUGCUCUCUCAACGUGGCUACCAUGGGAAAAUGAGUUUUGAUCAUAAAAAUGGCACUCUUUCAAUUGCGGUUCAACCUGGUGAGGGAGACAAAGCAGCACUCAGUGACAUGCGGUCCCUUUCAGGAGGUGAACGUUCAUUUUCAACUGUGUGUUUCAUCCUUUCCCUCUGGGACACCAUGGAAUCUCCUUUCCGUUGUCUGGAUGAAUUUGAUGUUUAUAUGGAUAUGGUCAAUCGCAGGAUUUCAAUGGACAUGAUGUUGAAGGUGGCAAGUUCCCAACGUUAUCGUCAGUUCAUCUUUCUUACUCCACAGAGCAUGAGUUCUUUGCCUUCCAGUGGGCUAAUUAGAAUUCUUCGAAUGCAUGACCCUGAAAGAGGGCAGACCACAUUACCUUUCCGUCCACGGGAUCAAGCUGAAGACUCAGACGAUUAAACAGCUGUUAACAAAAGUUAUCAGAACUGCCGGGUUCCAUAUAUAUGAACAGUGUUUAGUUGAAAUAGAUGUGUGUGUGUUUUAAUUUUAAAUGUACUUGUGUAUAUUGAGAGUGGGAAAACGUUACCAGAGUGAUUUUCGUAUUAUGUCCCUGCCAUUCUCUCACAUGACAGCCCAAUUUUACUUAAUCUGUGCCAGUUUCUGUUUAUAGCACCACUUACUUUAGAAUAUAUUGAUCACUUGUGUAUUAUUUCAUAAAACCCUUAUCAAUUUAUAGGUACUUUAUGAAGACUUUUAUCAGCUUUUUUACAUUGCCUACAGGAAGGGAAAAGAUGAUAAGCCUUAUUUUCUUUUGAACAGAUAAAUUUAUACCUUUUAGGCCAAGUGUAUGAAAAAUAUAAUAUUUGUAAGUUUCAAUCCUUUCAUAUCAAGUGUACAAUUAAAAGGUAAUUGCCAUUUUUUUAAAGCUCUGAUUUCUCUAUGUGAACUAACUUUGAUUACAAAAUAUAAAACUGUUUUAAAUUAAAUCGGUGAAGUGGAAAGGCAUGGUAAUUGAAAUGAUAUGAUGCAGUUUGAGAUGCAAUGUGAACAAAAUGCCUGCAUCUUAGAAGGCAUAUGAACAGAGACACUUUGGGAUGCUACAUACAAAAAUGUCUGAAGUUGGCAGGAUCAGUUGAAAGGCUAUUAAAGAGGCAUACUGAUUCAUUGACUUCAUAAUAUACUGCGUGAUGCCUUGUGUUCAUUAUUAUUGGCCACCUCACUUUGAGGAGGAUAUCAUGGAUUUUGAUGUUUGUGAUGAAUACUUGCAUUGUCAUCCUCGUAAAUAUCUGGGGAUAAGUGUCUAAAUUGGAAGAGCUUCCCACAAGCCAAUGGCUAGUCAAGCAACAGGCUGGUGUAGUCAUACUAAUUGAAUCAUACUUUGCAGAUGUUGUGCUUGGCUUCUCUAUCGUGGUUCCCAGGUUCACCUCAUCCCAUGGACAGGACUGACCCAUAUGAAGUCCUCAACGCUGACUGCAGAUUCUGUGGCAUCUGGUCAAAUAUGGGCAAGGAAACUAUCUGAUAACCACCUACUGUCAACCCUCAGCUGAUGAAUCAGUGUAGCUUCAUUUUGAACAAUGCUUGGAAAAUACACUGAAGCAAGGCCACAGUAUACUGUGGGUGGGGGACUUCCAUGUUCAUCAUAAGAGUGGCUUGGUAGCACAACCACUAGCUAAACUUGCCGAGUCCUGAAGGACAUAGCUGUUAGAUGGCACCUGUGGCCAACCAACGAGUGAUUAAACCAACUAGAGCUCAUCAUCGUCAUCUUGUUGCUCUCUCCAUAAAUGCUGCUUGACUUCCUGAAUGUUCCUGGCAUUUUCUGUGUUGGGUUGUUUACAACAACCUGUAAAGUUAGGUCCUUAAUAUAUACUUCAAUAGACUCAAAGAACAGAUCGUGUAAAUACAGUUCUAAGAACAAAAAAACAAGCUGCUGCAGGAACUUGCAGAUGCUGCUCGACCUGCUGAGUUCCUCCAGCAACUUUUUUUGCUCCAGGUUCCAGAAUCUGCAGUCUCUUGUGUCUACAAUUGUAAGAAAUUUGGUAACAAGCUAAAGGGUUACAGAGUCUUCUGUGGCACAUGGGGCUUUAAUACAGCUGGUAUAACGUAUUGUAGCAGAACUAUCCCUACUCUAUUUAACAUCUCAGAUUUGUGUAAUUGAAAUAACAUGCUUAGAAUUAAGUAACAUUUUGUGUUCAUGUACUUGGAGAUAGCACAGCUAGCUCCAUUAAUUUUUUUUUAUGGUAGUCACAGUGACUCCAGAAUGACCCAAAGUUAUUUCUAUGGAAACCAUGGACCUGAGUUUGAACAAGAACCUAAAAUGGAUGUGCUAGUUACAAGGAGAGACUUGUUUUUAUUUCUUGGGCAUUAUUUUUGUGUAUAUUUUUAUAGUUGUACAUAAAUUAUAAUUCUGUAGUGCAAUUACUUUGUGACAGGAAAUGUUCAUAGGCUUAUAAGUAUAAAAUUUAAGUACUAAUUCAUUCCAUAUGAAAAAGAUCCAACUAUUUUAGCAAGUAGCCAUAUAAGCUGAUCAAAAUGUUUGUUUAUUUUUGAAGUUGUAGGGAAAAUCUAAAAUACAAUAGGAAUCUUGCCUCUGGGUACAACUUUGAAGCCUGCAAAUAAACAUUUUGA